AAUUGUUGGGUACGUUUAACCUUACUGGUUUGAUUUAUCGGUUAUUUGUUCAGCCGUGUUAGGCAUGCACCCAUUCAAACAUCGUAGUUUACCAUUAAAUGCUAAACUAAAGUUCGAACCCUUCAUUCUGGGUGUAAGAUUGUUACUCUUUUUUUAAUUCAAGAUGUUCAUGAGGUCGACGUCCGGCCGGCCUUUCAGUUGUGAAACGUUCAAGACUGGAAAGCGUCCUAAGAAGGUCAAAGGUUUGUUUUGUCUUGGGUAUGUGAGCAUGAUAAAGUGGUGCUUCCUCAAAACUCCCAUCAAUGCAUAUAUAAAAGCCAUCGAUCAAAAUAAAUACCGCAAAUAAGUAAAAGAAACGUGUACCUACAUUUCAACGAGUUGGUUUUUUUUUAAACAAUAUUCAGCAUCUCAUAUCAUUUUUUCACGAAUUUUUCAAUCAAGUAUUUCAACGGCUGAGAACUUGGCAACACUGCCAUUUUCGCCCUGCCUGCUGUCAAACGCUAACUUCACAGCAAAACGUCACAACAGACGUAAGAAAAAAAAUUGGAGUGCUGUAUUUUUCCAAGCGUGUGUUGUACCAUUUCGUAAAUAAGUUUUUCAGCCGAUUAUAACUUGUUCUUUGGUCUCGGCUUGUUGUUCCCAUCUUUUUCAUCCGCGAAGCAACAACAUUUGUGAAAACGAUCAAAAUGGCGAUGUCAAAAACCACAAACACGUACAAUCGACAAAACUGGGAAGACUCGGAGUUUCCAAUACUUUGCCAAACAUGCCUAGGUGAUAAUCCUUAUGUUCGCAUGAUAAAAGAGCGCUACGGCAAGGAAUGCAAAAUCUGCACACGCCCUUUCACAAUCUUCCGGUGGUGCCCCGGUGCUAGGAUGCGUUUCAAGAAGACGGAAAUCUGCCAGACAUGCAGCAAGCUUAAGAACGUUUGUCAGACAUGUCUCCUGGAUCUUGAGUACGGUUUGCCAACGCAAGUGCGAGACGCUGCGCUCAAAAUUCAGGACAAGAUUCCAGAAAGUGACGUAAACAAAGAAUUCUAUAUCCAGAACAUUGAAUCACAACUGAAAGCUGGUGACGAUAAUACGGUUGCGGCGGGUACGGUGGGCAAAUCGUUGGCGGCAAGUGACAUGUUGGCAAAGCUUGCCCGUACAGCACCCUAUUACAAGCGUAAUCUACCUCACAUCUGCUCAUUCUGGGUGAAGGGAGAGUGCAAACGUGGUGAAGAAUGUCCCUACCGACAUGACAAACCCGUGGAACCAGAUGAUCCGCUAUCUGAGCAAAAUAUUCGCGAUCGGUACUAUGGUCGCAACGAUCCGGUAGCAGACAAGCUGAUGAAACGAGCCGCCUCGAUACCUACAUUGGAGCCACCGGAAGACAAAACUAUUACUACGCUUUACGUAGGCAAUCUGGGCGAACAUAUAACAGAAGUGGACAUACGAGACAAUUUCUAUCAUUACGGUGAAAUUCGCUCUGUGUCACUAGUGCCAAGACAGCAAUGUGCAUUCGUGCAGUACACCAAACGUGCGGCCGCAGAGUUAGCCGCGGAAAAAACGUUCAACAAGCUUGUCCUUGGUGGGAAGAAACUAACGAUCAAAUGGGCCCAUUCCCAGGCCAAAUCGACCGCUUACGCACAGAAUUCGGUUCCCCGCGGUGCCGGAGGUAGUAAUCGAAUCUUUGAUCCCGUGCCGGGGCUCCCUGGACAGCUUCCCAUGCCUCCCAAUCCUACGGAUUACUUUAAUCUGCAAGCAUCAGAAAUGGCCGUUUUGCCACCGGGAAUGAAAAUACAUCAGCUACCUCCGGGUCUGAUUCCAGGAGCACCAAGCUAUGCGUCCAUGUACCAGCAAGCCGCCGGUGGUUCCUCUGGUAUGCCACCUCCGACCGGCGGUGCAAGUGCAAGCGAUGUUGGCACCAGCAGCAGCACUGGUGCUGGUCAUUCUAUGAUGCCACCGGCAAUGCAUCAGCAGCAAUUGCACUAUCCGAGCCAGGAUCCGGCUCGGUUAGGGGCAUUGAAAAAAUAACAAAUAUCACUGUAACAUUGUGAUUUUAUAUCGUGUACAAGUAUCACAAACAUUCAAUAAAUCCAUUAAUAUCAGACCAACUUAAAGAA